AUGAAACACAUCGGGGAGAGCGGGUCGGACCCGGACUACCUCGACGCGAUCAAUACGAUCAUUGAUGGACUCAGUCAUGAAAUGCGCCGGAUCUCGCUGGAAAUACACGAUAACCCUGAGCUCCAGUACAAGGAAUUCCGUGCACACGCGACUCUGACAAAGUUCAUCGGGACACAAAAGCAAUGGCAGGUAACUCCUUCAGCAUAUGGCAUUGAGACGGCGUUCGUAGCGGUGUAUGACAGCGGCAAAGCCGGGCCUGUCGUCUCCUUCAAUGCCGAAUAUGACGCUCUGAAAGGUCUCGGACACGCGUGUGGACAUAAUCUCAUCGGGAUUGUUUCGCUCGCGGGCGCCCUCGGCACUGCGACGGUGAUGCAACGACACAACUUGCCCGGCAAGGUGGUCCUAUUCGGAACGCCAGCCGAGGAAGGAGGUGGCGGCAAGAUUCGGUUGCUCGAAGCUGGGGCAUACCGGGACCACUCCGUCGACAUCUCGCUCAUCACGCAUCCCGGAACUUCGGCAGAUUCGGCCCUCACCCGGACAGCAGCCUUCUCCAGUUUCAAGGCCGAGUACUUUGGUAAAGAAGCUCAUGCCGCCUUGCGCCCUUGGGAUGGGAUCAACGCCCUCGAUGCGCUCGUCACUGCUUACAAUGCCGUGGCCGUUUUGAGACAGCAGACGGCGCCGGGCGACAUCAUCGAGGCACAGAUACUCAACGGAGGGUUGAGGCCGAACAUCAUUCAUGGCUACAGCUCGGGCUUAUUCGUCGUCCGCUCCGCAUCGCGCGCGCGUCGUGAUGCACUCAUGUCACGAGUGCUGGCUUGUUUCGAUGCAGGAGCCACGGCCACGGGCGCGACGCUGAAGAUCACGCACAGGAAUGGCUACGAUGACCAUGUGCCCAACAAAGUCCUGGGUGCGCGCUACCGCAAGGCGUUUCUCGCCUUGGGAGGUCGAAUUCCGGUCGAGGCGGUUGACUACGCCACCAAUUGGUCAUCGGCGUCGACCGAUCAGGGCAAUCUAUCAUAUGCCAUGCCCAGUAUCAGUCCGUCAUUCUGGAUCCGGAGUGAGACUCCGGACGGUAAACAGCUCGGUGGACCGCACACGCCCGAUUUCGAAAAGGCUGCCAGGACGCCGGAGGCUCAUGACCUGGCCCUGCGAGCAGCCAAGGCCCUGGCUGCAACGGCCGUCGAUGUCCUGACGCAGCCGGAAAUCCUGCGAGCGGUGCAGGAGGAAUUCCGAUCGAUUCGGGAACGUCCUCAUCAUAUGUGA